AUGGCGUUUGACAACUGCUUCACCAUGAUGUACAUCCUGGUUUUGGAAUACGUGGGUCCAAAAUGGCGGACUUUCGUAGCGAACAUGUCGAUAGCGAUAUUCUUCACGUUCGCAGCCUCGAUCCUGCCCUGGAUAGCUUAUUACGUCGCCGAUUGGAGGAUACUGGUUACGUCACAUCAGCACCCUUGGCAUUGGCUGUUUUCACACCUUGGUUGGUACCUGAGUCCGCAAGAUGGCUUGUGUCUCAAGGAGAAACAGACAAGGCCAUAA